GAAACAAGAACAUCCCAAGCAAAUGAUCAAAGUUCAGGUAGACAGAGAAAUUAUUCAAGACAUUUGAGAUUAUUGAUAGAUCCUUGAAAUUGAAGUUUUCAACCUGUUAUUAUCAGAAGAAGGAAAUCCCACCUCCGGCCUGCGUGCUCCGAAACAGACGAUAACAUAUACGUAGUUGAAAACAAGGAAGGAAGUAGUUAGUUGUCUAAUUCUUACAAUCGGACUUAAGUUUAGUUUAGUUUAGCAGAAACAAACAGUAGUACCGUACAAUAACCAUUAGGAAGGGAGCUUAGCCUCUCUUUGAAUUUGAAUUUUGGAUCAAAUGGAGAGUUGCUGCAUAUGGAGUGCUCAUCAACAUCUGAUUCAGUCCCACCAUCGCUUCAUCGGUUUUUCCAAUCAUAAAAAUCAACUUGUUCAUUUACUGGCGGCAAAUGGUCCCCGUAAAUGUAAUACCAGAAGCAGCAGAAUCUUCUGUACUUAUGAAGACCCCGUCAAGAAACCACCACAACCAUCACCAUCUUCUUCUUCGUCGUCGUCUUCGGCAAUCCAACUUUACAAUCAGAUUGAAAGAUUACUUACGGAGACCUCAAGACAAUCACAAGAUUAUUGGGGUGGUUCUAAAGACUGGUCUGAAGUUGAGGGAUCAUGGGUUCUUAAACCAAAAAGCUCAAGACCCAAGUCAGUUGUUCAUUUCAUUGGUGGUAUAUUCGUUGGAGCAGCACCCCAGCUUACUUACCGUUUAUUUCUUGAACGCUUGGCAGAAAAGGGUGUUUUGGUGAUUGCCACACCAUAUGCUAGUGGAUUCGACUAUUUCUUCAUUGCUGAUGAAGUGCAGUUCAAAUUUGAUAGGUGUCUUCGGUUUCUUCAAGAAACCGUACAAGAUGUUCCUACUUUUGGCAUAGGCCACUCUUUGGGAAGUGUCAUUCACCUUUUGAUUGGAUCACGAUAUGCUGUGCAAAGAAGCGGAAAUAUACUGAUGGCAUUCAAUAACAAGGAAGCAAGUUCAGCUAUCCCUUUGUUCUCACCUGUUCUUGUCCCAGUGGCCCAAAGCUUUGGACCAUUUCUAUCACAAAUCGCAUCAUCACCGACCGUUCGACUUGGGGCAGAGAUGACAAUGAAGCAACUAGAGAACUUUAGCCCUCCCAUUAUGAAGCAAGUUUUUCCUUUGGUUGAGCAACUUCCUCCCUUAUACAUGGACUUGGUUAAUGGAAGAGAAGAUUUCAGUCCCAAACCCGAAGAAACUCGUCGCCUUAUAAAAUCAUAUUACGGCAUUUCUAGAAAUCUUCUGAUAAAGUUCAGGGACGAUGCAAUCGAUGAAACUUCAAUGCUAGCUCAGGUGCUUAGUUCAGAAGCAGCCAUUAGUUCAAUGCUAGACAUGUCAAUUCGCAUGUUGCCAGGAGAUCAUGGGCUUCCAUUGCAGCAGGUGUUCCCAGAUGUCCCUCCUGCAAUGGCAGAUGCAGUAAACCGAGGAAGUGAGCUUUUUGCAAAUCUUACCAUGGGAACCCCGUGGGAGACAGUUGCCAAAGAAGUAGGCAACACACUAGGCGCAGACUCGAGCAUCCUCCGUGCACGAGCAUCAAAGGAUGUAGACCAACUUGUGGAAGUGAUAAUAUCCUGGAUGGCUUCAAAUUCAGGGCCGAAAUUCUAGAGGCAAUGAUACUUGUACCAAGUAAAUCAAAGAGUCAACAAUAGGGAAGAUACUAGAAGAAUCUACAGAGACGGGGCCUUCUUAUGGUAUUGUAUUGUAUUGUACAUUCGAUAUGUCUUGAUGCAUGACAAAUCAUACAAGUAAAUAAUUAGGAGUUAGUAGGUUUUUUUUUUUUUUUUUUAAUAUGUAUGUUUAGGUUGUGUGAGAAACAUGCAAGUGUCUACAAGCCAUUAGAAAGAAGAAAGUUGUGUAUUUUAGGUCAUAUGACAGUGUACUAAUGCUCACAGAGGAAAAUUUGAUUUCCAAAAGGGCCAGAAGGAAUUCAAAAGGUUGUUCUUUUCCUUUC